AUGGAAGAAUUUAAGAACGUUUCACAGGACAUGGGAUGUGGUCCCUACAGCAACCAAGCAGAAUGCAUCAAAUAUGUGGUGACAUGCAUAAUCAUCUGUAUUGGACUUCCUUUGAUCCUCGUGGCCAUCUAUGCUCUUUAUUCUCUGGUGGGAAAGGAUCAUGUUGCUCCGAUCUACGUCAUCAACCUUCUCAUUUCCGACCUCAUUCAGUUCUGCUGGAUGAUCGAUUGGGUGGCAAAACCUGACCAGAAAAUAGAUAAAAUAGGCUUUCUUUUUUAUGGCUCUAGUCUGGUGGCCAGAGUUUACUUCAUGGUGUGCAUCUCCCUGGAAAGGUAUUUGCUCAUCGCCUGCCCACUGUGGUACCGCUUCAGACGACCCAUCAAGAUCUCCGUGGUGGUCUGUGUCCUGGUCUGGAUCAUUUCUCUUGCCCUUGGCUUCACUGUUGUAUUUUUGUAUAUUCCAGAACAUUCAGAAACCAUUUUAGCCAGCUUUUUCUUCCUUCCCCUCCCACUGCUCAUAUUGUUCCUGGGUGGGACCCUUAAAGCCCUGUCUGCUUCCAUCUCAGUUCCUGCUGACAUGAAACAACGAAUUGUGGGAAUGUUGGUCGUGGUGCUGCUUAUUUACACGCUGCUGUUCCUGCCCAUAAUCAUCACGCUUCUGAAAAAACAUGAUGACCGGGCCCUCAACAGCCUGUCUUUUUUAUUUCUUAAGUUGAGUCCUCUUGCGGACUUAGUUCUGUAUGUUUUCAUGAGGAAAGGGGCCAUAGACAAGCUUUUGGCCUCUGUGUGUUGUUGCAGAAUGGACAGCAAUGAUGAAAGCUGUUCAACAGUAUGA